GUCACCUCACGUCACUGGGGUACCUACUGUCUCUGUUCCUGGUCCUCAUCCACCACCCGGAGGUGCAGAGGCGGAUCCAGCGGGAAGUGGACGAGGUUGUGGGCCGUGGCAGGAGACCCCGUGUCGACGACCGCCCCAGCAUGCCCUACACGGAAGCCACUGUUCUGGAAAUCUUCCGCUACGCCUCCAAUCUGCCGCUAACUGCUGGAAGGAAGGCUACCAAGGAGAUGGAGCUGACAGAUUUCGGCCUGACCAUUCCCAAAGACACGAGCAUCAUCAUCAACGCAUGGUACAUCCACCACGAUGAAAGAAUCUUCACUGACCCAUGGGCAUUCAACCCAGAGCGUUUCCUGGAUAGUCAUGGACGACUCUUACCUCCAACUGAUCCCAAAAGAAUUGCUGUGAACAACUUCGGCCUGGGAGAGAGAAUGUGCCCAGCCUCUGACUUCGCCGAGUCGCGCUUUUUCUUGUAUGUGACCACUCUGCUGCAGAAAUUUGACCUUGACCCUCCCACCAAGCGCGAGCAGCUUCCUUCAUGCGACCCUCGCACCUACUGCCCGGGGACUAUCCUGCAGCCCCGGGUCUUUUCAACCAAAAUUACAAAGCGCGUGAACUGAGAGUCGGACACUUUUGGCUUGAGCUCAGUAAGAAUACAAAUAUUAAUUAUAUACAUGUUAAAACCAACCAACAAACAACAGAGUAAAAACACGUACGUUGUUUGGACAAAAGAGACACGAAAUGAAGUAAUGGUGUAUAUCGA